GUCUGCAGCCUGUGUGCCGAGCAGCAGCAGCAGCAGCAGUGUGUUAACCAAAAAAGGGGACGAGGAAAAAGCCACACACAGCAAGAGCAAGAUGGCUUUCCCUUCAUUGUUAGGGAUUUAGCUUUAAAGUCACCUUUAGGCUCCUGGGAUUUAAGACAAAAGGGGCUUGGCUCUUGGGGUUUUCACAAUAGAAGACAGCAGCUCCAAAUGAGUGUACCUGCAGCAACGGCACAGAAAUCAGACGGCAACAACAGUGAAAUGCAAUCAGCUGCAGUGGCUCCCUCCUUCAUCCCCAGCCAGUCGGGGAAGAUACCGGGCAGGAAGAGAGGGAGACCCCCGCUCCGCAAUGUCGCCAAGAUGGAUUUUCCAAACCGUUACCCCGAGUCGCUCCCUCCACUCAAAGUGCCAAAGAAGAGAGGGAGAAAGCCGGGCUUCAAGCUCAAACCAAGGAUGGUGAUGACGCCGCUGGCUAUUUCUCCACCCAGCAGCACCCCUGAGCCCGACAUGAGCUCCAUUCCUCAGGAUGCCGCCACCAUCCCCCACUCUGCCACGCCCCAGGUGCUCACAGUGUGUAUCUACAUCAAUAAACAGGCCAAUACGGGCCCUAACCUGGACAGGAAGAAGAUCCAGCAGCUCCCCGAUCACUUCGGACCCGACAGACCUUCUGUGGUUCUGCAGCAGGCCGUCCAGGGCUGCAUCGACAGCGCCUUCCAGCAGAAAACAGUGUUCACUCUCCUCACACAAGGCUACGGGGGAGAAAAAAUAUCAGCCACGUUUGAUGGGAAGCAGCACCUCCUCAGCCUCCCCGUGGUGAACAGCAUCGACUAUGUGCUCCGUUUCCUGAAGAAGCUCUGCCGCAGUUUGCACUGUGAAAACCUCUUCAGCGAUCAGCCCAUUACCCAGCACAGUGGUGGCUCCUACCAGUCAGAUGCCGAAACAUCUAUGGCUGAGGACUACCAUUUAGACCAGUCGGACGGCAAACGCUACUCCGUGGAUCCUGGCGAUUCUGCGUUCAGCUCUAUAAGCUCAUCAUACUCGCCAAAGACCUCCUACGGGUUUCGCUCAUCACAGCAGUUCUCCAACGGCUCGGCCUCCAUGAGCAUGUGCAGGCAGUCGUCUACCAGUCCAAACACGUUCCCAGAGAGCAACAGGACAGGAGGUUAUAAUGCAGCUCCAGAGUCUCAGGAGUCCAAGGCUCCACCCAAUAAAGACCCAGCCACCUGGUCUGUGGAGGAUGUAGUCUGGUUCAUCAGGGACGCCGACCCCCAGGCUCUCGGCCCCCAUGCAGACGUCUUUAGGAAACAUGAGAUCGAUGGAAACGCUUUGUUACUCCUAAAAAGCGACAUGAUCAUGAAGUACCUCGGACUGAAGCUGGGCCCGGCCUUGAAGCUUUGCUACCACAUCGACAAACUAAAGCAGACUAAGUUCUGAAAACCUUCUACAAUAUUAUUUUCCCUCCUUGAAUCCAACAAUACAUUUGAGAAGGGACUUUACAGUCUGUGAGCCAAUGGGAAGAGAGUAUGGUCUGCAGCAAUGAGGCGCAUCACUUCCUUUUCUGUCGUAAAAGUUGAAAAGCAAAGAAUUAAUUUUUUGCUCAGAAAACAGGUUAACACUGUUAUUUAUGUGUAAGAUAAGCUAUAAGUGAACUAAAAAUCCCAGAAAGCCACGAAAACAGUGAAACCUUUAAGUAUUACUGAAUAGAUGUAACUUCGUUUUCUGUCUUUUAUGAAGAUGUUUGUGACAACACAAGCAAUUUAAACAACAGCAUGGAAUAAAAAAGUCAGAGCAGAGUAGGGUCUAACUUAGCUGCUGGUUUAUAGGGUUAACAUAAAUGUUAUUGUAUAAAUUACUUCCACAUCUAAGACCCUUUAAGAUGAUUUUUGAAGUUUUGGGCCACAUUGGCAUAUUAUCACCUCUUAAGGUAAA